AUGGAUGAACACUGUCCAGGAUACGGCUUCGACGACGAAGAAAGAGUUCGUUUGAUCGCCAAGAUGCGUGAGCUUCUCCAGACAGUGAGUACUUCUUCUGCCCUCUGGGCAUGUCUUUGGCUCUCAGACCUCCACCGGUUGGAACGACUAGUUGCAGAUGCCUCUUCUCCCUCAAAUAGAACCCUGGACGCCCUUAGUAUCAUGUCGUUUGACUCCAUCACCAAGCAAUGGCUGCAACUUCCUGGUAGUGGGAUUGAAACCUCAUCCAAAAAGCCAAGCCCUGCGACAAAACCAGGGUCGCUCGGUCGCGAAGCAGCAAUGAAUCGGAUUGCCCUUACUGCCUCAAGCACUGGUGCUGCGGCUGACGAGCCUGCCGUCCAAGCGCCACAAACACCACCUCGAGCAGCGAAGCGUCCACGAUUGCAAAGCAGAUCGCCAUCUCCAUUAGGGUCCGGUUCCACCGCCUCUCGUUCACAGUCUGCUGCUCGCGAUUGCAGGGAGAGAGAUGGCGACCGCUGUACUAUCACGAAAGCCUACCAUCCGAUAGACGUCGCGCACAUCUAUCCCUAUUCCAUGCGCAAUACCACGGAACGGGGUCCCGGCCACAAUUUCUGGAACCUCCUGUCCUAUUUCUGGACGGACGAACAUGUCAACUCGUGGUAUGAAUCUGUGUUUCCAAGAGGAACAGAGGUCGUGGAAAAUCUUCUCUGCCUCGCGCCCCAGAUGCAUAGAUACCAUGGAAGCUCACUCUUUGCACUAAAACCUAUCCAUAUCUCCGAUGAUAAGAAGCGUUUAUUAGCCAAGUUUUACUGGCUUACAAGCCACCAAAAGUCAGAUUCCGUCGAUAUAUCUACAGUCCCAACCCUGCCAUCCAACCUCACUGGCCGAGGCGACAUGCAUAAGGCAUGGAAUAUUGUUACGGAAAAGAAGAUCAUCUCAGGGGAUGAGAUUGUCUUCGAGACAAGUGAUCCAGAGAACUUACCCUUGCCCGACUGGAAUCUCCUGGAUAUGCAGUGGACUUUACAGCGUGUUGCAGCACUAACCGGCGCCGCCGAUAUGCUUCUGGAUGACUCUGAAGACGAUGACAGCGACGAUGGUGGCAUCGAAUGGGAUGAAGGGCCCACCGUUUAUAGCCAGGAGGUAUGGGAGGAGGAUCGUGCGGGUCUUCGUAACGCUCUUUUUAACCCCCCUCCCAUUCCUCAGACCAAAAUAAUGGGACAUUCGUGA